AUGCGCUUCUCCUACAUCGCCACUGCUUUCUUCGCCGCCAGCGCUGCCAACGCCCAGGCCGACAACAUUGCCUCGGACAUCACAUCUGCCCUCGCCGGCCUUCCUUCUGACGCCGCCUCGGCCGCCACGAGCCUUGCCGGCGCCAUCACGUCUGCUGGCGGUGCUCUCCCCUCCAACGCUGCCUCGAUUGCCUCGAGCCUCCGCUCCGAGAUGACGUCGGCCGGCGGUGCUCUCCCCUCCAACGCUGCCUCGGCUGCCUCCAGCAUUGCCUCGAGCGCCGCGGCCGCUGCUUCUUCGCUCCGCUCCGAGAUCGAUUCUGCUGCCUCGUCGGUGACAAGAUCUCUCGGCUCGGCCGCGUCGAGUGCCACUGGAUCGGGCAGCUCGCCCACCGAGACUGGCGCUGCCAACCACGCUCUUCCCGCUGUCGGCGCCGUUGCUGGUGGACUCUUCGCCCUUGCCGGCCUCCUCUAA